AGCGCGGCUUCCGUCCCGCUUGCACCAGGGAGGGCACUCUUCCAAAGCAAGCAGUUCUAGGGAUUCGCCUGCUUGCCACCUCACCUUGCACCUCACCUUUUGGCUUCCUUUCUAGCUUUUACCUGCGGCACUGCCCCCUGCGUCCCUCUCUCUCCUAGCCGACCCAGGGCCGGAGAGCACAGGUAUACGGCAGUGGUUUCCACUAACUUUCGCUGAGGCGUCAUCUUCGCAGCCCCUUUGGACCCUUCCAUAGCCGAGCGGCACGGGGCUAACGUCACGGCGGCGUGCUGACGUAGCGGUCGGGGCGUAGGCACGCUUUCGGGAGGGGGUGGUUUGGGCUCGGACCGCUUCCUUGCGGUUACCGCGGACGCAUUUUGGGGUUCUGGAGAUAAGGGCUGUGGUGGGUCCCGGAAAUGAAAGGCCUUCACGUCCACCCAGAGCUAAACCUCAGCCCCUUUCUGCCUCUUGGCUGGCAAAGGUUUCUCUCAUGUAGAAGAGGCAACUAAGGCCCACUGUGCCUGAGAGUUGUCCAUGUCAGGUUGUUCUAAGGACCAAGAACGGGUGAGUCUGGCUUGGUAUUUCAUUUUAAUAUGCUGCCUCUGGGUCAACAAGGAUUAGUUGAAUUAUUCUCAGGCUACCUGUACUCUGUUUGAGAAAGAGGAAAUAAUACUUUCAGGAGAUUUUCUUCAAGCUCAGAAGUUAUUUUGGUACUUAAAGGGAUAAACUGUCAUUUUCUGGAACAGGUAUGUGGAGCAGUCCAUUCAGAUGGGUAAGUGAGGUGUUAUAUUUAGGUCACUUGCUUUACUGAUCUCUUGCUAUUGUAAUUCCUUCAUUGCUUUUUAAGGUUUUUUUUGUUUUUCUGUUUUUUUUUUUUUUAAUCACCAGUGGAAACAACUUUUGAUUGCUUCAAAAUUUUUUCUAGGAAAAGAAUGCUGGAAUUUCAUCUCUCUGGGACUCGAAUAACCAGUUUCACUGCUUCUGCUCUUCUCCCCUCCAUAUGCAUGGUCCAGUCUCCAAAGUACCACUGAAUUUAUCCUUUAAAGAUGCGCUUUUGAUCUGCUUUCACCUUAUGAAGAAAAGUUGUGGAAGCCACCUAUAAGUCUGUUUACCAAGUUUAUGGAGAAACCUGCAAUUGAUAGAAGUCAUUCAGAAGAAUUAUGUUCCCAUUUUACAAGUACACCAGAGGACGAACAUUUACCACAGGCUGCCAGUGAAAGUCAUCUCAGCUGUCUAAAGCAGGACAUCCUAAAUGAAAAGACUGACCUGGAAGCAACAUUUAAGGAAGCUGAGUUGGCAGCCUGUUCUGUAGAAUUACUUUUGCCAUUAUUUAAGGAUACUAUUGAAGAAAUUAGUUUUGAAAAUGUUGAUCUUUUUGCAUCCAAUUUGAAGAAGAUCUCUGAACAGAAGGAAAUAUUAACAAAAGAAUUAGACACUUUUAAACGUGUAAAAAAAACUUUGGAACGUCUUCUUAGAAAGACAGAAUACCAACAAGUAGGGGACAGUUUAUCCAGCAUGUUAGAGAAACUAACUGAUAAUGAAAGUGAAAAUACUGCUCUUAAGAAGAAGGUACUUGAAAAGGAGACUUAUAUUCAAGAACUUUCUUGUUUGUUUCAGAAUGAAAAGGCAAAUGCUUUGAAAGCUAACCGUUUUUCACAAUCAGUAAAAGUGGUACAUGAACGACUACAGCUCCAAAUUAAUAAAAAGGAAGCAGAGAAUGAUAAAUUAAAAGAACACAUAAAGAGCUUGGAAACCAAGAUAACUGAAUGGAACUUACAAAUGAGAAAGAAUAAGCAUGAAGCUGUAGCAAUGAAAGAAUCAAGUAAGCAAAAAACUAUAGCUCUGAAAAAGGCAUCUAAAAUUUACAGACAAAGGCUUAAAUACUUCACUGGAGACAUGGAAAACCUUACCUCCCAAAUUAGAGAUCAGGAAGCCAAGCUGUCUGAAACAAUUUCAGCUUCCAAUGCCUGGAAAAGUCAUUAUGAGAAAAUUGUAAUAGAAAAAACUGAAUUGGAAGUUCAGAUUGAAACAAUGCAAAAGCAAGUUACAAAUCUUUUGGAAGACCUGAAGAAAGUGGAAGACCUUGGAAAAAAUUCAUGUGAAGAAAUUCUUAGAAAACUUCACUCAAUUGAAUAUGAAAAUGAAACUCUGAAUCUUGAGAAUACAAAAUUAAAGACUACACUUGAGGCUUUGAAGGAUGAGGUGAUUUCUGUUGAAAAUGAACUUCUAGAAUUGCAAGAAGUAGAAAAACAACAGAAAACCCUUACUGAAGUAUAUAAAACUCAGAUACAAAAAUUACAAGAGGCAGCAGAAAUGGUGAAAACCAGAUGUGAAAAUUUGCUACAUGAAAAUAACCUAAUUACAAAAAACAAAAAUAAAAAAUUAGAGAAGGUUGAUGCAAAUCAUAAUCUUCUGAGAAAGCUUUCUCUGGAAGAGGAAAAUUAUCUUAUUCAGUUGAAGUGUGAAAACCUUAAACAAAAAUUAGAACAGAUGGAUGUGGAAAAUAAAGAGCUUGAAAAGAAGCUGGCAAACCAAGAAGAGUGUCUUAAGCAUAGCAAUCUUAAGUUUAAAGAGAAAUCUGCAGAAUAUACAGCAUUGGCCAGACAGCUGGAAGCUGCUUUAGAAGAAGGAAGACAAAAGGUUUCUGAAGAAAUAGAGAAAAUGUCAUCUAGAGAGAGGGCUUUACAGAUUAAAAUAUUAAAUCUGGAAACUGAGCUUAGAAAGAAAAAUGAAGAACAAAAUCAACUUGUUUGCAAAAUGAACAGUAAAGCACAACACCAGGAAGUGUGUUUGAAGGAAAUACAACAUAGUCUUGAAAAGUCGGAGAAUCAAAAUGAGAGUAUUAAGAAUUAUUUACAGUUUCUUAAAACUUCUUAUGUAACAAUGUUUGGAUAAAUGGUUGGAUUUAUUUUCUAGAAGCAAUAGGAUUUUACUCUAAGUCUAAAACAUGAUUAGGUACAAAAAUAAUAAUAAAUAUACUUUAAUUUA